AUGUUACCCGUUACUGGAGAUAAUGGGAUCAUGUUACCCGUUACUGGAGAUAAUAAGAUCAUGUUACCCGUUACUGGAGAUAAUAAGAUCAUGUUACCCAUCGCCGGAGAUAAUGGGAUCAUGUUACCCGUUACUGGAGAUAAUAAGAUCAUGUUAGCCGUCAGUGGAGAUAAUGGGAUCAUGUUAGCCGUCAGUGGAGAUAAUGGGAUCAUGCUACCCGUUACUGGAGAUAAUAAGAUCAUGUUACUGGAGAUAAUGGGAUCAUGUUACUGGAGAUAA